CGGUGAUGAGAGCAAACGAACAGAAACGAGAAUCUACUCCCUAAUUGGAACGAGUGUCUCUCAUUCGGACGGUACGCAAAUCUUGGCCCUUACUCUGGUGUUAUUUGACACAGUGCAUCUAUAGACCAACAGCAGACCAAGGGACGAAAUUCAUCAUCAAGAUCAAGCACAAUUCGUCAGUGAAGGACAAAUGUAUAGGCUUGAUUGAAGUGGAGCUUGAUGACUUAUUAGAGAGAUGUGCUGAUAGCAAAGAGACGGAGCUUCGUCUUAAUGUGCUUCAUGACUCGGCGUCGACAGAAACCACUGCAAUCCUUCGUUUGCGGCUGGAGGUUGUCGAUUCAGAUGGCAUUUCGCUCGCAGGGCAUGCCGAUCUAUAUACGUCUGUUCGAAACCUCGUCAAGAAACUAGGUGCAUUCGCUCAAGCCAUAGACGAGUUAUCACAAGUGCAUCCGUACGUUAACUUCGCAUGGCAGGUAGCUUCGGCACUGUAUAAGGUCCUUGACCACCAGUUCAAAGUAGACGAGAAGGUGGUUGAGCUUGUGCACGCCAUGAGAGAUGCGUUCAAUUUCGUCGAUGAAUUUGACACCCUUCGUGAUAAGACGAAAAGACUUGAGAGUACGAUAAUGCAACUAUUAAAGCAGACUAACGAAUGUUGCCUGUUCGUACAAGAGUAUGCACGCCAUAAAUUCGCAAGACGCAUAUUCAUGUUGAAUGCUGAAUCAACGGUCGACAAGUUCAUUGAUUCAUUACACACACUCAGAACCUCGAUGGACUCGGGAAUCACUGCUCAUAUUGUUUUCGUCUCUUCACGGAUCUUAGGCAAAGUUGAUGUCUUACAUUUGAAGAGUCAACUCAGUCCCGACGAGAUGGAUGCAUACCAUAGGCCUCAAUGCCUUCCAGGGACACGUGCGAAGAUUCAGAAUGAGAUCGUAGAGUGGGCGUCGUCGACCUCAGAUCAAAACGUCUUCUGGCUACAUGGUGUUGCGGGAUCUGGCAAGAGUACAGUUAGCACAACGAUCGCAGAACACUUCCGUACCAUUUCCCGUCUCGGUGCUCAUCUUUUCUUCGAACGGGGGAAGAGUGAUCCUAGUACUGUCAUCCGGACGCUCGCGUAUAGACUCACCUUAUUUGAUUCCUCGGUGGCCAAACACGUCGGCAUGGCCGUUGAUCAGGAUAAAGAGGUUGCUCGGGCCACGGCUGCAGUUCAGUUUGAGAGCCUUCUCCAAGGCCCUCUUGCUUCUGCUUCGGACGCAAUGCAAGGGCCCGUUGUCAUUAUUCUCGAUGCGCUGGAUGAAUGCGGGUCUGAGAGGACGAGGCGAACGCUUAUGGAGAGUCUUCAAAAAGGAUUACCUUCACUACCCAAGCGAUUUCGAAUUCUCAUUACGAGCAGGAAGGAACUGGAUAUUAGUCGGGCCUUAUCCUCUCUGUCGGACUACAUUCUUCCUGUUGAGCUGGAACAUGACUCGUCAACGUGCAAGAACGACGUGCGCCGUUAUCUCGAUUACGAGAUGCGCACCGUGUUCGCGAAAAAUGAAUUGCGUAUACCGGCGGAUUGGCAAUUGAGGAUGGAUCGUCUUAGAGAUGCAGCAGGCGGGCUUUUCAUCUGGGCAUCGACAGCAGUUAAGCUGGUGGAUCGCGACUAUCCUGCUCGGAGAUUAAAUGAUCUUGUAUCCCAAUUGCAGUCGCUCUCUGUACUAGACAGCUUGUACCGCAUUGUUCUUGAAACCUCAGGUAUCUCGUUCGAUGAUGAAGAAUCCAGGUCUCACUUUUCCCAAGUCCUUGGCCUUAUCCUUCUUUGUAAAAUUCCACUAUCUGACGAUGCAAUAGACCGGAUUCUGGGCUAUUCCGAUGAAGAGUCGUCACGCCUUGUCCUUUCGCGAUUACAAUCUGUAAUUGUGUAUAUUCCGGGAGCACCUAUCCGUCCCUGCCAUACGUCAUUUCGCGACUACUUGUUGUCUUCAGGGCGUGAAGGCGAUAGUUGGUACAUUGAUCUUGAGGCUCAGAAGGGUUCCAUCGCUAUGCAAUGCUUCGAUGUCAUUAAGAAUGGGCUUCGCUUCAACAUCUGUAACCUGGAGUCGUCAUACGUUCCUAACGAUCAAGUCCCCGACCUUCCAGAUCGUAUCAAGGUGAAUAUUCCUGCACACUUGGAGUACGCGUGCCUCUUUUGGAGCCAACACUUGCACGAGGCGCGAUUCUCGCACGCGUUGUUGAAUGAGCUUUCAGAGCUCCUCAAUAGCCGCUUGCUCUACUGGCUGGAGGUGAUGAGUCUCUCAGAAAAGGUUAACACUGCUAGUCCAGCACUCCUUAAUGCUAUGAAUUGGGUCUCGUCGAAAAAUGCCGACGUCUUAGCGUCCCUCAGAGACUUACGCAGGAUGAUAACUGUGUAUUUACCUGCCAUUUCACACUCGACACCACAUAUCUAUGCAUCUGUCCUUCCGUUUGCGUCGAUGGAGUCUAAGUUCAUAGCGCGUUACUUAAGACGUGAUUUACCUACGUCGCCAAAGGCCCUCACCAGAGAAUCGAGGACGGCUCCUGUACAAAUAGAGCAGAUAGGUGUAAAGCAGCAGUCACCACUUUUGAAGGAGCUUGUAGGGCAUACACGUGAUGUCCUAUCCGUCACUUUCUCACCCGACGGUACUAGCAUUGCCUCUGGCUCCGCGGAUGGUACAGUCCGGAUUUGGGAUGCUGAAAGCGGGCAAGUCAUUUAUGAUCCAUUUGAAGAACAUACUGGCUUGGUACAGUCUGUUGCUUUCUCGCCUGAUGGUGCGCACGUUGUCUCCGCAUCCAGCGAUAAGACAAUCAGAAUCUGGGACGUCGAGAGCGGGAAGGAGAUUUCUGAGCCUCUUGAAGGACAUAAUGGCCCUGUUUAUUCGGUGGCUUUCUCACUAGAUGGGAUGCAUAUUGCCUCUGGCUCGGCUGACAUGACUGUCAUGGUCUGGGACGUUAAAGGUGGACCUUCCAUGUGUCUCAAGGGGCACGUAGACGAAGUGAACUGUGUUGCGUUCUCUCCCGAUGGGAGGCGCAUCGUCUCUGGUUCCAAUGACGAGACUAUUCGAGUCUGGGACAUUGCGAGUCGACGGACCAUUUGUGAGCCUGUCAAAUGCCACGCUGACCGUGUCUGGUCAGUUGUUUUCUCUCCCGACGGUACGCGUCUCGCGUCAGGUUCUGCAGAUAACACAAUUCGAAUAUGGGACGCUAAGAGUGGCAAACGUAUUUUGGAGCCUUUCAAAGGUCAUACUGAUGUAGUAAAUUCUGUUGCUUUCUCACCGGAUGGGAAACACGUUGUCUCAGGCUCCCGCGAUACAACAGUUUUAAUCUGGGACGUUCAGACUGGGCAAGUUGUUUCUGGGCCUUUCGGAGGGCACAUUGACUGGGUACAGUCCGUCGCAUUCUCUCCUGAUGGGACGCGUGUCGUCUCAGGCUCCGACGAUAACACGAUCAGAAUCUGGGACACUGAAAGUGCACGGCCUGCUUCCGGACCUUUUGAAGGGCAUACAGACUGUGUAAUUUCUGUUUCUUUCUCACCGAAUGGGAGACACAUUGCUUCUGGCUCCAGCGAUAAAUCGAUUCGAAUCUGGGACGCAGCUACUGGGUGCACUGUCUCUGGACCCUUUGAAGGACACUCAGAGUGGGUUCGGUCUGUCACGUUCUCGUCAGAUGGAAGGCGCGUCGCGUCUGGUUCCGAAGAUUGUACGAUCCGAGUGUGGGACGCUGAAAGUGGAAAGGUAGUUGCCGGUCCUUUCAAAGGGCACACAUUAUCUGUCACGUCUGUCUGCAUCUCGCCAGACGGGAAACGCGUUGCGUCUGGCUCCGAUGACAGAACUGUCCGACUGUGGGAUGUCAAGAACGGAAAGAUGAUUUUCGGUCCAUUCAAAGGGCAUAAAAACAGUGUUAAUUCCGUUGCUUUCUCGCCUGAUGGGAGACGCGUUGCUUCUGGCUCCGUCGACACAACAAGCAUAAUCUGGGACGUUGAAAGUGGGGAAGUGGUUUCUGGACCCUUGAACGGGCACACGGAUCGGGUUCUGUCAGUAGCAUUCUCAUCCGACGGCACUCGCGUUGCCUCUGGUUCUGGUGACAAAACCAUCUUGAUAUGGAACGUUGAGAGUGAACAGGUCGUGGCUGGACCUUUCAAAGGCCAUACAUACGGUGUUACGUCAGUUGCGUUCUCCCCUGACGGAGCGCUUGUCGUCUCGGGCUCCUGGGACACGACGGUCCGAGUGUGGGACGUUCACAGCGGACAGGCUAUCUUCGCACCUUUUGAAGGACAUACAUCAGAAGUGCGGUCUGUUGCAUUUUCCCCUGAUGGAAGACAUGUCGUUUCUGGCUCUGUUGAUCGAACGAUCAGAUUGUGGAAUGUAGAGGAUCCCGCCUUUGAGUGGACAUUGGAUGGAGACGGAUGGAUACGUGGACAUGGAGGAGAGUUGCUUUUAUGGAUUCCCCCUGACCUUCAAUCAACGCUUUGGCGCCCUCGGAAUAAGGCAGUUUUCAGCUGUCCAUUCUCAACCAAACUAGACUUUACACAUGCUGCACUUGGGGAACGAUGGCAGGAGUGUUUUUUGCCACCCAGGUAGUAUCACUCUCUUGUGUUCUUCAGCGAAUGUACCUCAAUCACCAGUACUGUUAUAUUGCAUGCCACCUUGUAAUCUACUUCUACAAACCCACAGUCUCCACCGCAAAA